GAAGGUACGAAGCACGGCAAUGUAAUCUCUACCUAAGGUAGGUACGCAGUAAGCUCUUGCCGUUUGCUACGAAUACAGAUACGUACUGCGAUACACCACCGGCACCACAACCCUGAGCAUCCGGGAGAAAGACGACGACAACCAAAAAAGAAAGAAGCCAACAACUCCUUAUCCUCACCUCACUAGUCCAUAAGGUGUGUUGGAAGACUGCACAAGCCAUUCCCAACUCCAAAAUCCUUCGGCAUCAAAAGGUUGGGACACACUCCAACGACGCCUUUGGCUAAAGUGCCUCGCGAGGAAUGCACCCAUGCAAGACAUGUUCCGCUACGCAGUGACACACACGCGUGAUGCGGAUGUCAUUGACGAGAAGAGUCAACUCAGUCGAGUCUCCGACCUGCGGCAAAGUCUGCAAGACAAGCACGAAGAUGGCCGAGACUGCACGACACCAAGACAUUCAAAUGCCAGCACUGGCAGUGCCGCAGUGACAGCGCCAAUUCGAACAAAGGAACCGCCAUUCGACCUACGCUACGCCUCCUCGCGUGCUGCCUUUCCCUGGUCCGAUGUCUCCCUAGCUCCCGGGGCUGUCGCCAAUUUUCACGGCGGUCCUCGAUCCUCGUUCACUGAGCCCAACUCCCGCCGUGCCGCCCUAUCAACAAACAUGCGUUUCCACAACCGACCGAUCUUCUCCACCUGCAUCAAUGAUCAUGGUGCUACACACAAUUACACAGUACCCUUUCGGUCAUCCAUUGCGUGUGUUGGACAAUCUAUACAGUACGGAGUACGGGCAGAUAUUUUAGCGGUGGCCGGCGCCGGCAGCGGCGACUACCUACUUAUUCGCGGCGUAGCGACCGAGGAGCCAGCUGCGUAG